UGUGCAUCUGUGUUUACAGAAUCUGCAUAAACAGACCUCAGCUUGAUGGGGUUCAGGACUGGUCACUGCAAUGAGAAAAGCUGGUUUAUCGGGAAGUGUCCCUUAAUCUCAGAAGGAUUCAGGUGUUAGUAGUGUGCGCAUAUAUAUCACAGAGGGGGAGAUAGUGGGGAGAGUGGAGCAGAGAGAUCCAGCUGAGCACAUUACGCAUCUGAUUCCCCACGCACUAUACUGUCGGAUCGCAGAGAAAGACCCGAGGAGAGGCUGCUUGCUGCUGCACAUGCUUUAUUUGCUGCUACUUGUGGACUGAGUGGAUUAGUGAAUUUCCAGUCGCUGAAAGUCCGGCUCAGACUGCGUCUUUUGGAUCGGGCUGCCGCCGAGCUUUGAAUGCAAACAUGAACCAAACAGCCACCGUUUCCCAAGUGAAGUGUCAAUCGUCCAAAACCAUAAAGGACCUUGGGGGAGUGAGUCCUCCUCAGAGAAACUGGAAGGGGAUUGCCAUCGCCUUACUGGUCAUUCUGCUGGUCUGUUCGCUCAUAACCAUGUCGGUCAUCCUCCUCACUCCCGCGGACACUCUGGCUGGCAGUGACACUAAGCUGACAGUGGAGGAUCUGUUUAGUCCGGAUUUCUAUAUACAUGAUCCUGAGGCUCGCUGGAUUAAUGAAUCUGAAGUCAUCUACAGGAACCGCCAUGGCCAUGUCAUUAGGUUCAACAUCCUUACUAAUGAAACAGAGAUUAUUCUAAUGAACAGCACAUUUGUUGCUUUUAAAGCCACUAAAUACUCAAUAAGCCCUGAUAUGAAGUAUGUGCUUUUUGCAUAUGAUGUUAAACAGGUUUACCGUCACUCCUUCACAGCUUCCUACAUCAUCUACAAUAUUCACACCAGGGAGGUGUGGGAGUUGGACCCUCCAGAGGUGCUUAACUCCAGAUUGCAGCAUGUGGCUUGGGGAAUGCAGGGACAGCAGCUGGUGUAUAUCUUCGAGAAUAAUAUAUAUUACCAGUCAGACGUGAAGAGCAACUCACUCAGGCUGACGUCAUCAGGGAAAGAGGGCGUAGUGUACAAUGGCAUUGCUGACUGGCUCUAUGAGGAGGAGAUUUUGCAUACUCAUGUCGCUCACUGGUGGUCUCCUGAUGGUGAGCGUUUGGCGUUCCUGGUGCUGAAUGACAGUCUGGUGCCCAACAUGGUUCUUCCCAGCUUUACAGGAUCCAUAUACCCUAAAGGAAGACAGUAUCCUUACCCUAAGGCAGGUCAGCCCAACCCCAUGGUCAAGCUGUUUGUGGUGAAUCUUUACGGACCAACACACACCCUGGAACUCACACCCCCGGAUGGACUCAAACUCAGGGAGCACUAUGUAGUGAUGGUGAAAUGGAUCAGUAAGACUAAGACUGCAGUCAGGUGGUUGAAUCGAGCUCAGAAUAUCUCCAUACUGACUGUGUGCGACUCUACCACUGGAGCUUGCGUCAAGAGACAUGAGGAGACAUCAGAGCUCUGGCUCUCCAAACAGGAUCAGAAGCCUUUCUUCUCACAGGACGGCAGCCGAUUCUUUCUAACUGUACCAGUGAAGCAGGGUGGCCGUGGAGAGUUUCAUCACAUUGCUAUGUUCACCACACAGGUUAGGGUGGAUCAAAACGAGGUACGCCACCUGACAUCGGGUAACUGGGAAGUGACAGAGAUUCUGGCGUACGAUGAGAAUUCCCAGACCAUAUAUUUCUUAAGCACUGAAGGAUCCUCAAGAAGACGACAGCUCUUCAGUGUGUCCACAGUUGGUCUCUUCCCACGGCGAUGUCUGACCUGUGACCUGAACAAGGCCCACUGCACUUUCUUUAGUGCUGACCUCAGUCCAACGCAGCAGCAUGUUAUACUGCACUGUAAAGGACCUGGAGCCCCCACGGUGAUUGUCCACACACUCAACACAGCCAAUUAUUUUAUUCUGGAGAAUAACUCUCUCCUCAAAGCUGCCCUGAGAUACAAGAGAAUCCAGAUCACUGAGUAUAAAACCCUUCAGACUGACCGCUUUGACCUGCCUCUAAAGAUUUCCUUCCCGCCAGACUUCUCUGACUCACGCCAUUAUGGACUACUGCUGAUGAUAGACAGCUUUCCUGGUGGUCAGCAGGUGGAUGACCGAUACUCGGUAGACUGGGACUCUGUACUGGUGAGCUCAGACAAUGUGAUUGUGGCUCGUCUGGAUGGCAGAGGCAGUGGCUUCCAGGGUCAAAAGAUUCUGCAGGAAGUGCACAAGCGUUUGGGAGUGGUGGAGCUCCAGGAUCAGCUCGCUGCUCUAGAAUACCUGAUGAAAUUUCCAUAUAUAGAUCAGAACAGGAUAGGAGUGUUUGGUCGGGGUUAUGGAGGAUAUGUGACACUCCUGCUGGUGAAGUCUACUGAGAGUUUGUUUAAAUGUGCUGUGGCCAUGUCUCCAGUUACUGACUGGACUUUACAUGCCUCAGCAUUCUCAGAGCGCUACCUAGGAGUUCCAUUACAGGAUGACAGCAGAUACCAGUCCUCCAGCGUGCUACAGAAUGUACAGGGCUUCAGAGACCAGACACUGAUGCUUGUACAUGGAACUGCAGAUGCUAAUAUUCACUUCCAACACUCAGCUGAACUCAUUAAGAAUCUGGUGAAGAUCGGAGCCAACUACACACUGCAGAUUUAUCCAGAUGAGGGUCACUUCCUGUCAGAACAGAGUCGGCAGCAUCUUUCGGCAUCUCUGAGUAGCUACUUUCGAUCUUGCCUUCAGGAGGACAUCUUCCCACUCAGUGAUGAAGAAGAGGAAGAGGAGGAGUAGGCUGAAGAGUGUAUAAACAGCAGGACCUUUACACAAACACACAAACACACACACACACAUACACACACACACACACACACCAAAUCUUCAUCCACACAGACCUGUGUAACACACACCACUGCUCCCUGUAGGAUCCCACCUUACAAGAGGCCUGCAGCUCUAAAUGGAAAGAUUUUUAAAUUUUCGAUAAGAGGGAGUGUGUGUGUGUGUGUGAGUGUGAGUGAGAGAGAGUGAGUAAGUGAUUAGAUAUGUAUAUAUGCAUGUGGGUUUAUGUGUUGAUGUUUAGACAAUGUGGAUGUUGAGACAUAGGCCCAAAAGGUGUGUAAGUGUUUUGAUGGAUGUGUGUUUGUGUGUGUGUGUGUGUGUGUGUGUGUGAGCGUGUGUGUGUGAGUGUGUGUGUACUUGCUGACAAUGGACAUUUCUAACUGGAAUCAAACUUGGUUGUUACAACAACAACUGAAUCUUUCACAUAUCAGAAAUCACUGCUAUCUUAAGCCGGAUGCUUCAUGCGCUGACCAAUCACCACAUUGAUUUUUCAACUGAAUCCCGAUUUGACCAAUCACAGUGCAGAUUGUCUGUUUGUGUGGACCUGAUCCAGUCACACAGCUGCAUGUUUGUGUUUGUUUUUUCUUCAAAUAUGUGUGCGGUAGACACCGGGACAAAAGCGCUGCACUUUGUUACCGCACAAAAAAAAAUGCUCACUGUUUCCAUGGUAACAACCUUCACCAAGAAGAAGUGGCGUCUCUGUCAACAAGCUCUAAACCAUGCUGAGAGUUUGAAACGACGAGUUUGACUCUUGUGCGCGCUCACACACACACACACACACACACACACACACACACACACUGGACUUUACUGAAUGCUGUAAAAAAUCAGCUGCCCCCCUGUCCACACAAAAAAAACUGUGUUCAACAGGUGAACAUAUUUAUUUCAGAAAGACAUGUUUCUGGAUCAAUGUUUCUCUAUUGUAGCUCAAACAACAUUGAUUUCAACUAAUAACUGCUAUCUGAUGUGAUCACUGUGAGUCUCCUGCUCCUCUGAUUUCAGAGUCACUUUUUCCUCCAGAUAAAUGUUGCCAUGUCCACAGUUUUCCCACUGGAAUGGAUUACUUUACACCAGAAGGUUGAAAGAUGGUCAUUUCACAUCUCCAGAUUCAAAUGAAAUACUUUAAUCAUCAUUUACCUAUCUGCAAAUUUGACACCACACUGAUCUCAUCACAAACUCACAACACACUUCUUAACUCCUCAUGCAGUAGCUGCCACAGAGGUGUUUCCCGAUCCCAUUCAUAAAAUAAGCUCUGUACAUUUCUGUAUGCAGUAUGUUGAUGAUCUGUAAUAAUGUGAGAUGUUUUAAUAAGCUAUAAAUACUGUUUUAAACAUUGCUUUGUUUAUUUGCAUGGUAUUACUAAAACAAUACAGUACUUUUGGUUAUGGUAGUCAGGGGUGGACAAUGUUUAGAAUCUGGAAAGGGCCGGUUUUCAGCCCUAGUAUUGUUUCUGGGCUGGCUUUAAUGACGAUAGACAUGGCAACCUUGCUUCAAGUAACAUGUAGAUCUGCAUUUCAGCUCAUAAUAUAUAUUCAUUAAUCUAUCAAUUCAAUCUUUGUCAAUACA